AUGCUCGCUCGUCGCCUGCUGCGUACCGCGUCCUCUCGCUCGAGCCUCCGCAAUGCCUCUCCACGCAUCCUGCGGCAUCCAAAAUCCCUGUCGGCGUCAACAUCCCCACUCACGUUCCGUUCCUUCUCCAUGAUCGUGCACGAAUCCCCCCACCCGGAGGUGGAAAUCCCCGACAAGACUAUCUGGGACAUCGUUGAGGACCAGCUGAGUGUCCAAGCGGACAAACCUGCUUUCAUUGACGGCAUCACGCACCAGCAUGUGUCGUUUAAGGAGCUCCACGAACGAGCCCGGCGGUUUGCUAUCGCUCUCUCUAAAAACGGCGUCAAAAAGGGAGACGCGGUCAUUGUGCACUCGUUCAACUGCCUCGACUACCCCACGGUGGUACUCGGCACUCAUGAUCGUUUCGGUGACGCAGCGCUGACUUCGCUGGGCGCCGUGUGCUCACCUUCGUCGCCUAUGUUCCUACCGGACGAAAUGGCCGUGCAGAUCAAGGCGUCAAAGGCCAAGUUCAUUAUCACCCUCAAGGACUUGGAAAAGACUGCUGUAGAGGCUGGCAGAUUGUGCGGCGUCGAGAAGCAGUUCAUCUACUCAAUGGGCAAGUCUGCACAUGACCUCAAAAGUAUCGAUGACCUCGUCAAGCACGCCGACAGCAGUUUUCAAUUUGAAAAAAUCGAUCCAGAGAGCAACGUCAUGCUGCCAUUCUCUAGUGGGACGACGGGAGUUCCUAAGGGCGUCGCAUUGAGUGCCAGGAACUUGCUGAGUAACGCUUUGCAGGUUGACCACGUGCAAGAUCUGAAUGGAUAUUCGCUGGGCUUACUGCCGUUCUUCCACAUCUACGGCAUGAUGAUGAUGCAUCUGUCGAUGUAUCAAGGUGCUGCCAAGGUGAUCCUGCCGCGCUUUGAACCCGAGUCAUUCCUCAACGCCCUGUCCACCUACAAGAUCCGUGCGGCACACAUCGCUCCCCCCGUCGCUCUGUUCCUAGCUCAUCAUCCCCUCGUCGAGAACUACGAUAUCUCGGCGACUCGGUUCCUUGUCUCUGGCGGAGCACCGAUGGGCAAAGAAGUGGAGAAGCUCGUGAAGGACCGACUGGGGGUCACUGUGAAGCAAGCGUACGGCAUGACUGAAGCUUCACCGGCAGUCAACUACGCUGAGGACGCCAACCGCAAGCCGGGAAGCGUUGGUCGUUUGCUGCCGAACACUCAGCUUCGUGUCAAGUGCACGGCUACCGACAAAGACCUUGGCAUUGGCGAGCACGGAGAAUUGCUGUACAAGGGCCCCCAAGUCAUGCUCGGCUACACCAACAACGCCGAAGCGAACAAGAGCGUGUUCACCGAAGACCGGUUCUUGCGUACUGGAGACAUUGGCUUCAUCGAUGAAGAUGGCUUCGUCUUUAUUGUUGAUCGCGUCAAGGAGCUCAUCAAGUACAAGGGACAUCAGGUGGCACCGGCCGAGUUGGAGGACGUGUUGAACCACCACCCACAGAUCUCGGAUGCCUGUUGUGUCCGAGGCAAAGACGCCAUGGGAGAGGAGAUCCCCAAGGCCUAUGUGGUGCUGAAGGACCCGAAGAAUGCUGCCGGACUCACGGAAGAAGACGUCAUGGACUUUGUGGCUUCCAAGGUCGCUCCUUUCAAGAAGGUGCGUCAGGUGGAGUUCAUCGACGCCAUCCCGAAGAGCGCGACUGGCAAGAUCUUGCGACGCGAGCUCCAGGAGUAUGAGAAUCAGCACCACCAGAAGGAGAAUGCGGCGUAG